AUAAUACACGAUGCUUGGCAAGCACAGUGAAGCAAAAAAUCGUUGAUUUCUGCAGAGGGAAAACUGCGACUACGAGGCGGUGUGCUGCGUGAAUUGCGUGAAGACUGCAGAGGCUGAAGCAUGUAUCAUCCCACCAGAGGUGGCGUUCGCGGUGGUCGAGAUCAGUUCAGUUGGGAUGAUGUUAAAGUUGAUAAACAUAGGGAGAACUAUCUUGGUCACAGCAUCAAGGCUCCUGUUGGCCGAUGGCAGAAAGGUAAAGAUCUGUUUUGGUAUGCAAGGGACAAAAAGUCCAUGAAUGCGGAGAUGGAGGCUGCGAAAGAAGAAAUUAAAAGAAUUAAGGAAGAGGAGGAGCAGGCAAUGAGGGAGGCCCUUGGCUUAGCUCCUAAGCGUGCAAGCCGUCCUCAAGGUAACAAGCUUGAUAAACAUGAGUACUCAGAGCUGGUGAAGCGUGGGUCUACAGCUGAGGAUGUGGGUGGAGGCCAUGCUGACGCAGCAAGGGUUGAUGGCCUUGGUUUUUCAAGAGCACCCCGCCCUUGGAACGAAUCUAGUUCUUCAAUGUCCACAAUCACAGAGAGUCUACCGAAAGUGGAAGAAGCAUCGAUGGCAGUUCAAUCAGCGAGGAGGACUGAACAAGAAGAAGAAUCAGAAGAUGAAAAGAGCAGAAGAAAGAGAAAGAGGCACGAGGAGAGGAAGCAAGAGAGACGAGAAAGGCGUGACAAGAGGCAUUCUCGUGAUUCCGAUGACAGGAAGAUGCACAGGAAAGAGAAGGAGAGGAGGAGACAUGAUUCUGAUUGAUCAAAUGUCUUCUUACUUGUGCACUUUUUCUCAUCAUUUUAUGCCAAGUAACUUGCUGAUUUUAAUAUUGUAUUUUAUCAUAUUUUUAUACAAUUCAAUAUUGUAUUUUAUAUCGGCAACUUCUUCGCAGUUCCUAACUCUUUGUAUCCGUAUGCAUGUAGUUAUUACUUGUCACCUUAUGCGUCUCA